AUGCUGGAAUAUUUCACGGUCAAGAAGUUCAAGAAGAACAGGGCCGACAAGGAGGCCGCGAGGGAGGCCGCAAAGGAGGCCGCAAAAGACGCCGCGCAACCGGCCGAGGUGGAGACGACAGGGGACCAGACGCACAUGCCCGAGAUCGAAACCGUUGUCGAUGACACGAAUCAUGCGAAGCCCAAGCGCCACAGUCAGAGCGAGUCCAAGAGUGACCGCCGCCCUAGUUCCGACCACCCUCCGCUGAGCCCAGUUCUCGACAAGCAAGACGAGUCCUGGUUGAGGAGGAUACUGGAGGAUGAUGGCCCUCCUCCCCCGUUGCCUCCGCGUGUCAAAACCCCCGAGAUCGAGCUGUCGGAUAGCGACUCCGUCUUGAGCAAUAAGCGGUCCGUGGAGGUCGCAAAGCCUGAGGAGGAGGGAAACAAGGGCAAGGGCAAGGGCAAGGAGGAUGCCAAGGGAAAGAAAAAAGACAAAAAGGACAAGGAUGAGAAACAACCAAACCGCCUCUCGCUCUUAUUCCACAGGAACAAGAAACAUGGCGACACCCUCAAACCCGAGGACAUCACCGCGGACGAGGCCGAGCGCGAGAAGAAAGACCUCGGAAACGUCCUCGAUCGCUUGAACCUCCAAGCAAAGAAUAACAAAAUCGUCUCGCUGUCUAGCGAGUCGUCGGACUUACUGCAGCGUUUCACGCAGAUCUUCAAGGACCUUGUCAAUGGUGUACCGACAGCAUGCAACGACCUCACUAGCCUCUUCGACGACCGCGACGGCGCCAUCAACCGCGGGUUUGAGAAGCUGCCCUCAUCGCUACAGAAGCUCGUUACCCAGUUACCCGAGAAGCUGACGACAUCGCUCGCGCCCGAGCUGCUUGCUGCCGCCGCAGAGAGCCAGGGUCUCAAGGCUGAAAUGGAACUCGGAGCCACGGAGGCAGCGAAGAAGCUAUUCAUGCCCCAGAACCUCACGGAGUUGGUCACGAAGCCUGGCGCGAUCGUGAGCAUGCUCAAGGCCAUCGUCAACGCCUUGAAGCUGCGGUGGCCGGCCGUCAUGGGAACCAACGUCGUCUGGAGCGUUGCCCUCUUCCUGCUCAUGUUCGUACUCUGGUACUGCCAUAAACGCGGCCGCGAAGUUCGCCUGGAGAAGGAGAAGUCCGAUGCCGAAGCACCCGUCGAUGGAAGUGACCGCAUCGAGGAACUUCCGGAUGACCCGCUUCUCCCGGCGCCGGAACCAGCCUCGACGCGCAGCAUUGAGGCAACCGCGAAGGCGACGUCAGAGCCGGUGUCGCCGGUGUCGCCGGUGUCGUCGGUAUCGCCAGUAUCGCCACUGACGGAUCUGCCGCCCCCACCGGUAGGGCAGGAUGCUGUAUUGGAGCCGAUUCGCCGCUGA